CAGCACUGAGCACUGGGCACUGGGCUGGGCACAGAGCACUGCAGGGCACGCACGGCACGGGGCACGCCAAAACAUUGCAAGGCUUGCGAGGGAAUGUAGAGGAGGGGGAUCGAGCCCCGCGGCCGCGUCCAUCCCCUCCACGCGCCAUUUUUAAUCCCGCGAAACCCCCGGUCGCGCCCCGCUCCACUCCACGGCCCCGCACUGGCGUCGUCUCCUUCCUCGGGGAAUGCGACCGCGCGCCCGAGCAUGCCCCGCCCGGAGCCCGCGCUAGGGUUCCCCGCCGCCGCCGGCCACGACGGCGCGACCAAGCCGCCGCCCGAGCGCCGCCGCAAGAAGCAGCCGCCGCCGCGGAGGCGGAGGCGACCCGCCGGCGCCGCACAGCAGCAGCAGCCGGUGGGGACACGCGGCGCGGCCGAUCCAGAUCCGCCGCCAGCCUCCGCGCUGCUGCCCCUCCCCAGCAGCGGCAGCGGCUUCGCCACGCGGGGCACGGCUGCGCCAGACGAGGAAGAGGGGAGGGACGGCGUGGCGUCGGCCGGGUCGGAGGAAGAGGCGGAGGCAACCAAUGAUUCAUUCUCCAACUCGCUAAGGGAGUGCCAGAAGCAGCGGCGGCUUAAGUCAGAGGGGUCUGGGCUGGUGCGGCCACCGGCCUCGCAUGAGCUCAACGGUGGUGGAGGGAUUGAACUUCUGGUGCUCUCACCCAGGUGUUUGAUUGGGGGUAAUGCGGGAGGAAUGAGCAAGAGCUCGACGGCAUCAUCGCGGAGCAGAUCAGGCACUGGCACGUUCCCGAGCCCUGGGACUCCGAACUACAAACGGCAUUGUGCAGGCAGCAUGCAGUACUCCAAGGGUUGGAGUUCAGAGCGUGUGCCACUGGGCACAGGUAGCAAUAGGAGGUAUGGGGGCAGUGGGGUUGUGCUUCCUUUUAACAAUGGGAGGAAGCUGCCAUCAAAAUGGGAGGAUGCAGAGAAGUGGAUCCUGAGUCCGGUUUCCUGUGAUGGGGUUGGAAGGAUGUCUGCACCGGCUCCGCAUCAUAGACGUCCCAAGUCGAAAAGUGGUCCACUUGGCCACCCAGCUGGCAUUCCGGGAGCUUAUGCAGCUGUUUCACCGCUUGUUCCCUGCUUUGAUGGUGUUCUCGCAGCAGCUAAUUAUGCAGGGCAUUUACCUUUCUCUGCUGGGGUUCUCAUACCUGAACAUGGGCGCAUUGGUGACUUCAGCAGUGGAAGAGGCAGGUCUGGUGAUGAUGGCAGCAGCAGAUCCUACUCUGCCGAGAAGGAGCCAUAUAUAUUGAGGUCUGCAAGCAUACAUGCAUGGACAGAAACGCUUAUGGAGGCAUCUGCUUUUGCUAAUAUCUCGGAAGAAACCACAAAAGAUAAUAAACAUCAAGGCCAUGGGGACGCAACUUCUGUUAUUUCCAGUCCAAUCAUAAAGAAAGAUGUUGCUACACAGAUGAGUCCUGAGGAUAGCAUAUCAUCUUCUCCAAAAGCGAGGCAUUCCUGCUCUAGCCUGCCAUCAGGACAUCUGCUAAGAGAAGCAAAUAGUCAUACACCUAAACCUGAAAUCAGGGAUGUGCAGGUAGAUGAUCAAGUAACUGUGACCCGGUGGUCCAAGCGACAUGUAACACGAGGCUCUGAUAAGCGGUCAACAAAUAUUAUUGAAUGGAGGAAGAAGACCACUGAGACUCGGGCUCCAUCUUUUGAUGAAAAAGAAAGAGAAAGAUGCAUGUCAAAGUGCAAAAGGGAGGAAGCAAAGAUCACUGCUUGGGAAAAUCUACAGAAAGCAAAAGCUGAGGCUGCUAUACGGAAGUUGGAGAUGAAACUUGAAAAGAAAAGAUCGUCGUCAAUGGACAAAAUUUUAGGCAAGCUCCGCUCUGCUCAGAAGAAAGCAGAAGACAUGCGAAGCGCGGUUUCUUCUAGUGAAGAACAGUGUGGUGUGAGGGCAAAAAAGAAGGCAUCUUCCUUUGGGAAGACUGGCAAGCCCUUCAGCUGCUGCUUUACCUACCGUGCUUGCUAGUUGCGUAGUUUGUGGCUGUGGGUGCAGCAACGGAUUUUGAACUAUUUGAGCGUUACAGCUCCUGUCAACCAACAGAUAUGGGGCCUUUAACUACAAACUUGGGAGAACCUGUUGGCCUUCGUACCGUGGAGGUAAUGGAGCUGCUAAAUAGUGUUUGCACGAUGCAAUCACUGAUGUGGGGCACUAGAAGUCGAAAUCAUAGAGCGAAAGCCCUGUAGAAGCUGCUCCUUUCUUGAGCUUCAUGCUAGUUAAAUGCCAGGUUGAGCUGGUACUCAUUCCGCUUAAUGUAUGUCAUUCCUGGAAUUGAGCAUGUAAUGCAAAUCAUGGGGGCUGUUACAUUGGAGCGGUAUUGAAAGAAAGAUAUUAGAGCUGCCGGCCCUCUUGCUCUGUUCCUCUCAUGGGAAA